GGGUUAUUCCACCAAAUAUUGAUUUCUGAUCUCUUAAAAUGAAUAUGAGCUUGUUUUCAUUGCUCUGCUUUCAUUUCACUGAAAGCUCUGCAACUUGUUUGUUAUUUCAGCCAUUUCUAAUGUUCUGUAAAUGCCCUAAGUGACAAUAUGUUUAUUUUCAAUUUGUGAGAUGGCGGCGCACGAAGCUGAAGCUGAAGCUAUGGUAUGUAAACAGUGUUUUUUUAAUAAGCUUAUUGUGCACUUUUUUAAUUAUUAAUGCCUUGUUUUAAAUGCCAGGGCUCUCCGGAUUCUAGCAAGGAGUUGUGGGACUACUUGGAGCCUGGAUAUCGGUGGAAAAAGCGAUUUAUCAAAUUGUGCCACCCAGUCUGAAGGGUGUUUGGACAAAACGUUAAAAUUUCUGGAUCUCGGAACGCCGUGGGAGGACAGAGGUGUGCUAUUCAUCAAAGCUUCAGAUAUUUGGCUCAAAAUGAGAAUCUGGGAUUUGUAGAGGAGAUCAACCACAAACUACAGGAAGGAGAUUUAGGAGAUUUAAUCCUCUUGCGUCACCAUCACCUUCAUCACCAUCAUCACCAGCAUCUCUAACCUUUACGAACAGGAUGGAGGAGCUGCUGAACCAGUGGCUGUGGAAGGAGUACUACUGGCUUCCCGCUGGCAGGUCAUGGAAGGACAUUGGGGAUGAUGCGGUUGGAACAUGGCGUCCAUUACCUCGCGACUUAUUCCUCACCCUUCCUUUGGCUCUGGGCUUCAUCGCUGUACGAUUUGUUUUUGAAAGGGCUGUGGCUCUGCCUCUGAGCCGGGCACUGGGUGUGUGUGACAGGGUGCGAGCUCGAGCUGCACCUGAUCCCAAACUGGAGGCCUUUUACCUGCAGAAAAAGAACCACUUCUCUCAGGGUGAUGUCCUGAGUCUGGAGAAGCACUGUGGCCUUACAGUUCGGCAAAUCCACAACUGGCUCCGCCUCCGCCGAAAUCAGGACAAACCCAGUAACACCAAAAAGUUCUGCGAAGCUACGUGGAGGUUUGUGUUCUACCUUAUCGCCUUUGCUGCUGGACUCGCCUCCCUGAUUGAUACUCCCUGGUUCUGGAAUCACAGAGAGUGCUGGCGUGGACAUCCCAGACAACCUGUGACUGAGGCACAAUACUGGUACUACCUCCUGGAGCUCAGUUUCUACUGGUCACUGCUGUUCUGCGUCUCUGUCGAUGUCAAACGCAAAGAUUUUAAGGAGCAGAUUGUUCACCACAUCGCUACAAUCUUCUUGAUCAGCUUCUCCUACUGCGGUAACUACGUCCGAGUUGGGACCAUCGUGAUGCUUGUGCAUGACUCAUCUGACUUCCUGCUGGAGUCUGCUAAGAUGUUUAACUAUGCAGGCUGGAGGAAAACCUGUGACAGUUUGUUUGUUCUAUUUGCUGUGGUUUUCCUCGUAACCCGUCUCAUCAUAUUUCCGUGCAGGGUGAUUUACUCGACUAUAGUGGAGUCGCAGGAUUUCUUUGACCCGUUUCCAGGUUAUUACCUGUUCAAUUCUGUGCUGCUGCUGCUGCAGGCGCUGCACAUUUUCUGGGCGUACCUCAUUCUCCGCAUGGUCUACAAAUUUGUCUUCCUGGGCAAAGUGGAGCGUGAUGAGAGGAGUGAUGAAGAGAGCGAGGUGGAGGAAGAGGAAGAUGGGGGUGGUGUGGAGGAAGAAAGCUGUUAUGAUCAGAGGAAAGAUCUCCUCAAUUCCAAACCCGCCUCACUGGCCAACAACUGUGUCCUUAACAACCUGACCCAUCAGAGGAGAAAUAUAAACAGCAGACUGCCCAAAGCCAGAUAGUAUCCCUCAGCCGCUGGUGUUUUAGAGUAUGUCUGUGUAGUAUGUGUGAGUAUGUCUUAUCACUGUCCUGCAAAAACCUGUCAUCUCCAGAACGGCAGCUUAACAGGAGAAUGGAAAAACCAAACCAUCUGAACUUUCAAUGAAAGGAGUCAUUUUGGAGCAUUCCUAUUGGUUUAAUUCCAAUGUGAUUUAGCCAUACCACAUUCAUUUUCAGUCAAAAAGUGAAAAAUGCCAAAAUGGAGGUACAUGGUUUUUGCCUGACUGCAACAAUAUUACAACAUUUUGCCAGUAUAUUUAACAAACUAAGUACAUAUACUACUGAUAGUAUUUAAAAGGGCCUCACCAACACAUUGUAAACCUGUGGACUAAGGAUAGAUAUAAGAUUCAGUGUAUUUUAUCUUUUUAAUCCACUUUAAGUAUUCAUCUUUAAAGGUACAUGACAGCUGACUUUUUAUCACUAGCAGAAAAAAAUAGAAAGAUCAUAAAAUAUGGUUCUUACUGGCCACUUCUAAUGAUCUGUCUCUUUAUAAAUGUAGUAUGCAUUACAUUGCUUGGCAAUCAAGGAAGUAUACAGUAAGGAAAAUACGCUUUUUUCCAUGUAAAAUAUUUUUAAAUUGUAAAUUAGUUUUAAAAUGGAGCAUAAUAUAUACUAAACAUAGGCGAUUUUUUGUAUGUACUGUUCUGAUAUAGAAAGGGCAUAAGAUAAUCAACUGAACUGCUGUUUUCUAUGGUCCUUAUUAUUGCUUUUUACUGCUACAAGACUUCUAAUAUGGUUUAAUGCGUCUGUUGCUUUAGGCCUGUUUUGGACAUGUUUUUAUAUAGUAAUAUAGCGAUGCGUGCAGGAAACAGGGCAAGUGGCUAUUUGGGAAGACUGAUAGGGCCCUCUAGUGAUGGGACUGUGCAUUUAUCGGCCUCAGUUUCUAUGAAUAAUGUAUUAUGAAUACAUUAUGAACCUCCAGGCUUUGUACUGUGCAGGCUUGUUUGGAAUAUUGUGGAGUGCCUGGAUUGGUUGUGGGUGGAUUGACUUAGUGAAUCAGCAACUGGUUGAUUACCAAAGGACUUGCUGAUAAUCUUAAUCUUAAUCCCCUUAACGGCGAUCUUUUUUUAGCCUUCAUACAGCCUAGAUAUUUGUAAGGCCAGGCUUGAUGGUCUACCGUUGAGAAAUAUAUGGUUCAUUAUAAUAUACAUAAAUUAUUGAAAGGUAAAUAAAUACAGUUAUACCAGCACUGCCAUACAGAAUAAUGCAAAACUGGGAAAAACUUACAUUUAUAACAAGCACAAUACCUUGCAUGAGAAUUUAAGUAUUAGAUUCAUUUUUUGGACCUCAGUUGAUCUUUUAUUUUUAUCCAGCUGCUGCAGGAAGUUCUCCAGAGUACAGACUACAUAUUUGUAUUAUAUUUAUAUUAAAAGGGAAAGGCCUCUUAUAUGUUUUUUUUAACAUACAUGGCAAGAAACAGACCACAAAAUACAAAACAGUUCUGGACCUAAUGUGUGAUAUUUCAAGAACUCAAGAGCUAGCCUUGAAAACACAGAUGCUUUAUCAUGGCCUACUGCAUCGCCAGCAGUGCAGUUAUUUUUUUAUAUUACUUUACUAAUCAUUUUCAUUGGAACAGCCUAAAUAAGCCAGUAACUUAUUUUAGUAAAUUCUAAUAGUUUACUUUGCUUGAAGAACAUUGAAUAGUAGAUCUUCAGGCCACUAAACACUGAAAAAUGUAUACAUUCUACUCACAGCUCAGAUGUGUGUAUAAUUGUUCUUAUGAAAAAAAAUAUAUACUGUAUCAACACAGUUUACUUACUUUUGGCACUUACUGUUUAACCUCAUUGAUAUAAUAGAUUUUAAUAUUGUUAGACUCUAGUUUUUUAUUCUAUUGCAGGCAUUGACUUUGGCUUGCCUGGUGUUGUUUUGCACUGAAAUAUACUACUGAGCCUUCUAUCUGUGAGCCUCACAUCCAUACAACUGUCUGAUACACUGCAGCGGCGUGUAUGUGUGAAACGUUUUAGAGCACAGCUGAUUCUGGAUCAUCAUUCUCUGAAAUGGCUGAUGUACACGUGUCCUUUUUUUUAUUAAGAAAUUCUAUUUAUUUGCUUCUUUUAGAGGGAUUUGUUUAGUUGAAGCUAAUUCUCAGAGCAUUAAUUAUAUUUAUUAUUAUUUUUCGCCCCUAACUUGCAGUUACUCUAUUGUUACGUAUACUGAAGAUCAUGUUUGGCUGUACACACACACAAACUCCAGGCAUAUACUGUUUUAUUCACUUUAACACAAAUAAAUAAAUACAAAUGUGACAAAGUA